GCAAAACACACACAUACACAAUGGCCAAAACUUUUAUUUCGCUUUCUCUUAUUGUUAGCGUAGCUUUCUUAGCUAUUUGCACUGCUAGAAGGCCUCCAUUGGUCAGUGAUGUACCUGUUAAUUACACCCAUGUGUGUGAACCUUCAAGGUUUGCUAAACAAGGUCUGGACAUUGCUGAAUUUGGCUACUGUGACACUUCCCAAUCUUUUGAGAAGAGGGCAAAGGAUCUAAUAGACAGGAUGACCCUAGAAGAAAAGGUGCUACAGUUGGGAAAUUCUGCUGCUGGUGCGUCUAAAAUAGGGCUGCCGCCUUAUGAAUGGUGGUCUGAGGCCUUGCAUGGUGUCUCCAACACUGGUCCAGGGACAAACUUUGAUGAAGUAGUUCCUGGUGCAACAAGUUUUCCUACAGUUUUACUUACAACUGCAUCUUUUAACCAGUCUCUCUGGAAAACAAUUGGCGAGGUUGUUUCGUCAGAAGCCAGAGCAAUGUACAACUUGGGAAAAUCUGGAUUAACGUUUUGGAGCCCAAACAUAAACGUAGCAAGGGAUCCCAGAUGGGGAAGAAUUCUUGAGACACCAGGAGAAGAUCCAUUUGUUGUUGGUACAUAUGGUGCUAUUUAUGUAAGAGCAUUGCAAGAUGUUGAAGGAACAUUAAACACCACAGACUUGAAUUCUAGACCUCUCAAAGUUGCUGCUUGCUGUAAGCAUUACACUGCUUAUGAUAUUGAAGACUGGUUGGGGGUGGAUCGAUUUCAUUUCGAUGCAAGGGUGACUGAGCAAGAUAUGUUGGAGACAUUUCAGCGGCCUUUUGAAAUGUGUGUUAGAGAUGGUGAUGCUAGUAGUGCUAUGUGCUCAUUUAACCGUGUUAAUGGCAUCCCUGUUUGUGCUGAUAAAACACUUUUACAAGACAAAAUUAGAGGACAAUGGGAUCUUCACGGAUACAUAGUUUCAGAUUGUGAUUCAAUUGAGGUGAUGGUUCAUGGCCAAAAAUGGCUUGGGGACACACAAGAGGAUGCCGUUUCUCAAGUUUUAAAGGCAGGAUUGGAUCUUGACUGCGGAGACUAUUAUCCCAAGUAUCUAAAGAGUGCAUUGAUGCAAGGACAAAUUAGUGAAGCUGAGAUUGACAGAUCACUAAAAUAUAUUUAUGUUGUCCUAAUGAGGCUAGGAUACUUUGAUGGAAGUCCUUUCAGUUCGCUUGGUAAGAAGGAUAUUUGCUCCAAUGAAAAUAUUGAGUUAGCAGCUGAAGCAGCUAGAGAAGGAAUUGUUCUCCUAAAAAAUAAUGGAACUUUGCCCUUGAAUUCUUCCAAGUUGAAGAAACUUGCUGUAAUUGGACCACAUGCCAAUGCUACGAAAGCAAUGAUUGGAAAUUAUGCAGGUAUUCCUUGCCGGUAUGUUUCUCCAAUUGAAGGCUUCUCAGCAUUUGCAGAAGUGACAUACGAAAUGGGAUGUGCAGAUGUUGCUUGUAAAAAUGACAGUUUGAUCUUUCCAGCAAUGGAAGCUGCACGUGAAGCAGAUGCCACUAUAUUAAUGGUGGGUUUGGACUUGUCUGUUGAAGCUGAAGGCAGGGACAGGGUGGAUCUCCUCCUCCCAGGUUACCAAACUCUGUUGAUCAACCAAGUUGCUAAAGCCUCCAAAGGUCCAGUGAUCCUUGUAAUUAUGGCAGCGGGUUGUGUUGAUAUCUCUUUUGCCAAGAAUAAUGAACUGAUCCAGGCCAUCUUGUGGGCUGGAUACCCUGGCCAAGAAGGUGGUCGAGCUAUUGCAGAUAUUGUUUUUGGAAAACACAAUCCUGGUGGAAGAUUGCCACUUACAUGGUAUAAGGCUGAAUAUGUUGAUGCGGUACCCAUGACAUCCAUGUCACUAAGGCCAGUUGAUGAGUUUGGCUACCCUGGAAGGACAUACAAAUUCUUCAAUGGCUCAACCGUGUACCCAUUUGGCUAUGGACUCAGCUAUACGAAUUUCAGUUACAAGAUAACACCCUCAAAGACUGCGCUUAAGAUAAAAUUGAACAAGUACCAGCACUGCAACAACUUGAACUAUACCAAUGAUGAUAUCAAGCCAUUUUGCCCUGCUGUUUUGGUUGAGGACUUAGGUUGUGAACAUGAGUUCGGACUUGAGGCCACAGUUGAAAAUGCAGGGAAAAUGGAUGGAAGUGAAGUUGUAAUGGUCUACUCCAAGCCUCCAAUGGGAAUUACUGGGACUCAUGCCAAGCAAGUGAUUGGAUUUGAAAGGGUAUUUGUUCCGGCAGGAGGGAAAAACAAGGUCAAGUUUACAUUUGAUGUUUGUAAGAGCUUAGCGAUUGUGGAUGGAAGAGGCAACAAGGUUUUGCCAUCUGGUUUGCACACAAUCAUGGUGGGAGAUGCUGAUGUCUCAUUUUUUGUUGAAGUGCAGUUUUAUCAGUAGUGGGUUAGCAUCCCUCUAAUUAGGGAUAGGCCUAGUAGAUGCUCAUAUAUUACAAUCUUUGCUCUGGAAUUCCGUCCCUACUAAUAGAGCAACUAUUGCUUUGUAAUGGGGAGAUUGAUACCAUGCAAUUUAUGAAGUAAUAAUAAUAUUGGCAUAUUAUUUAUAGUUUUGUUUUGUGAACGAAUCAUGAAAUAAUCAUCGUCUUUAAUAACUAUAAAUAAUGUGGUACGGUAUAAUAACAUUGGGGAGGAGGCUUGCAUUGCCUGUUUGGAGGCACCUGAUCAACCUUCUCCGGUUCAAUUUCAAAC